GUUGAGAGAAAGUAUCUCCAAAGUCCGACAGAUCAAGCGCAUGUUAGAAUAUUUCUUCUAAAAGAAUCUUAGAGCGUCGGAUCCCAAUACGUCUCGCGCUCUCUCCAUCAGUUUGCGCGCGCGUCGCUUUCGCCUUUCCGAGGAGCGCGUGAGGCUGAGGUUGUUUUGGGGUUGCCAUGUGCUAACGGCACUCGCUAGUGAUUGUGCAGGAGAAAGAGAAUGAAAUGUAAAUUGCGCAUGGAGGGAGUGAUGCAGCCACAGCAACGAGGACUAGUGAAACUCUUAAGGGUUCUUUUGAUUUGUCUCGCCGUCCUCGUCCUGACGUCUGAAGUAAACGCGGGUGGUAAGAAGCACAGUGGGAUAUGUGGGGGCAGAGACUGCAGUGGUGGUUGUCAGUGCUAUCCUGAGAAAGGUGCAAGGGGCCAGCCUGGUCCUCUUGGCCCUCAGGGUCCUUCUGGGCCCCUAGGACGUGCAGGUGAACCUGGCCUGCAAGGUUUUAAGGGAGAGAAGGGUGACUCAGGGGGAAAAGGCAUUACAGGCCCUAAAGGAUCUCAGGGACUGAUAGGAAGUCCAGGUUUUCCGGGAGCUAAUGGUAUUCCAGGUCACCCAGGGCAGCAAGGUUCUCGAGGAAAACCUGGUGCUGAUGGCUGUAAUGGAACUCGGGGAGAUCCUGGAAACCCUGGCAUCGAUGGAUUUAGUGGUUCUCCUGGAGAAAAUGGAUGGCCAGGCAGGAAGGGUGAGAAAGGGGAUCCUCUAGAGAUUAGCAUUUACAUGGAGAGAUUUCGGGGUGAUCGAGGAGUUUCAGGAUUUAUAGGACCUGUGGGCCCUCCUGGAAGCAGAGGGUAUCCAGGCCGACCAGGUGUCACUGGUGCCCAGGGCGAAAAGGGUUAUAGAGGACCUCCAGGACCAAAGGGCAAUCCAACUACAGUCUACAAAGGAGAAAAAGGACAGCGGGGGGAUGUUGGAGCUCCAGGGCCAUCAGGAAAGUUAACUGAUGAGUUAAAAGACCUCAUUCCGGGUCCUAAUGGCGAGAAAGGCGAGAAAGGUUUACCAGGUGAUUUGGGGGGUCAUUCCAAAGGAGAAACCGGAGUUCCUGGAUUUAUUGGGGAACGGGGCCCUCCAGGAAGAAAUGGAUUGCCAGGAAGAAAGGGUGAUGCUGGAGAUACAGGCUUUGCUGGGCUGCCAGGAAACAAGGGGGAGCCAGGAGAGCCAGGAGAGCUGAUCUAUUCAAACGGAAAUAGUGAAGUUGGGCCAAAAGGAGAACGUGGGCCACCUGGGAAAGAUGGUCCUAGAGGAAUGAAAGGAUUACAGGGUCCCCCUGGGCCAGAUGCUCAGGAACAAAGCAUAGUCUUGUUUGGUCUAUUUGGACCAAAAGGGGAAAAAGGAAGAAAAGGUGACACUGGGGAACCUGGUAUUCCAGCUUCAGAGCCUGGGCCUCCAGGCAUUAAGGGAGAACAAGGACCACCUGGGCCACCUGGACCAAAGGGAUCAUGGGGUACGUUUUUUAAAGGGUCUGAAGGGCCAAGUGGACGUCCAGGAAAUGCUGGCAUAAAAGGACAAAAAGGUGACCAUGGUCACUGUGAGUGCACAUCACAAACCUCCCCUCCUGGACUCCCAGGCCUAGCUGGAACUCAGGGUGACCCUGGGAUAGUGGGCGAGUGGGGUCAAAAGGGUGAUCAGGGAGAGCAGGGACCCAGAGGCUUGGAUGGUCUGCAUGGCUUUCCUGGUCCACAAGGCCUCCCUGGAUCUAAAGGCUUUAAGGGAGACAGAAUAGAGGUUACAGAGAAAGGAUCACCUGGAGAACCAGGAGACCCUGGGAGACCAGGUGAACGAGGAAACCAAGGUCACCCUGGGCCUAAAGGAAUAGAUGGUAGCCCUGGACCUCAUGGCCCUCCUGGAGAAGGGCCAGUUGGUGAGCCUGGAGAGAAGGGUUAUCCAGGCAGGCCAGGUCCACCAGGGUUUCCUGGAGUUCGAGGGGAAGAAGGUCCAGGAAUCAAAGCUCUAAAGGGUGUAAAGGGUACUGUUGGUGAUCCAGGAAUAAAUGGUUUUGAUGGAUACCCAGGCCUACCGGGUACUUCAGGAGACUGUAGUCUACAAGGAGAAGGAGGCGAGUGGAUUACAGCAGGGGAUUGUAAAGGGGGACUUCCAGGACAUAUGGGACCUCCAGGACCCCUUGGAAUGGAAGGAAUGCCAGGUCUACCUGGUCCCAAAGGAUUACCAGGAGAUAGAGGCAGGAUAGGAGCUAAAGGGGAUCAAGGAGACCAGGGCAUUGGAGGACCACCUGGAGAAAAAGGUUUUAUUGGACCUCGUGGAGACGCAGGUAGUGCUGGACCAAAAGGUCUCAAAGGAUUUCCUGGCACUCCAGGUAAGCCAGGGCUUGCUGGUGAUGCUGGACAAAAGGGUCCUAAUGGUGAAGCUCUAGGAGCAUCUCCAGGGCCCCCAGGUGAACGUGGACCAUCAGGACUGCAAGGCAUAAAAGGUUUAUCUGGAAAUCCUGGCACAAUUGGAUACCCAGGCAUGGAAGGAAUGCCUGGAAUGAUUGGCACCAAGGGUGAAUUAGGACCUGAAGGUUUACAGGGGGAAAUAGGAAGACCUGGACCAGCAGGAAUAUUUGGCUUCCCUGGGAAUCCUGGUCAAGCAGGGCCCCCUGGACCUCCAGGCCAAAUUGGACUGCCAGGGCCUACAGGAGAAACCGGCCAUCGAGGAGAUGGUGGGCCCCCAGGGCCCCCAGGAGUGAAGGGUUUUCAGGGAGAAGCAGGAAGUGAUGGUAGGCCAGGAGGUUAUGGAACACAAGGGGAUCCAGGACUCCCAGGACAUGUUGGGCGGACUGGUGUCCCGGGACUUAAAGGUAUAAAAGGCUCUCCAGGCAUGACAGGUUUCCAAGGAAUGUCAGGAGAUCCUGGUCAAACAGGCCUUUCAGGAGAGAAAGGGCUUUUAGGAAUGCCAGGUCAACAAGGAAAGAAAGGGGACAUGGGCCCACAGGGACCAAAAGGUGAAAGAGGAGUAAUGGGCCCUCCAGGUCAAAUGUCCGGGAUAGAACUUGAACAUAUGAAAGAGGUCAUGAAAGGUGCAAAAGGUGAACAUGGAGAUAGAGGAUCUGCAGGUUUCACUGGACCCCGAGGCACCAAAGGUAUGCAAGGAGUUCCAGGACAAGAGGGGAAACAUGGAUUGCCCGGGGAACCCAGCAAUGUAAAAGGUCUGUUAGGUCAGCCUGGUGCUCAGGGACUUCCUGGACAGAAAGGAAUGCCAGGUCCAACAGGAUCCCCAGGAAUUCCUGGAUUUUUUGGACCAAGUGGCAACCGGGGAGACAAAGGUUCACCUGGUGCUUAUGGAGCAAAAGGAGCUGUUGGAAUCAAGGGUAUUAAAGGUGAAGAGGGUGACGUUAUAGAUCUGCCAGGACCUACAGGAACCAGAGGGGAAACUGGGCAGCCUGGACCUUUAGGUGAAAGUGGUUUCCACGGUCAAACUGGAGACAGGGGAAGUCCUGGUUUUGAUGGCAUCCAAGGACCCAAAGGGGCUCAAGGUGAACCUGGAGAACAAGGGACAUCAGGUGCUGAUGGUCUAAAGGGCUUUCCAGGAAACCAGGGAUCAAAGGGGUGGCCAGGUGUGCCAGGAGAGGCCGGGACCCCUGGUAAACCAGGUCAUCUAGGACAAAUAGGUUUUCCUGGGCUUGAUGGGUUAUCAGGGCUGCAUGGACUUAAAGGUCAAAAAGGUCUUCAAGGUGUUUCAGGACUUGACAAUUGGGGGAUACCAGGUGAGGAUGGAGCAAAAGGAGAAGUAGGAGACCCCGGUAUUCCUAACACUGAAAUUGGGUUUCCUGGAGCUCAUGGCCUUAAAGGGUCAAUAGGAGAUGCAGGUGAUCAGGGUGAACCGGGUCCGCCAGGAGAUCAAGGGCCUCCAGGUGCCCAGGGAAUUCCUGGUAAAAAGGGUUUUUCAGGGGACACAGGACUUCCUGGUCAGAAAGGUCUUCCAGGCUUUCCAGGACACACUGGUCUGCCAGGUGCUCCAUCUCCAUCUGGAGCUAAAGGAGAACGUGGCAUUUACGGGGAUCCUGGAAUCUCAGGACCAAAAGGGCUACGAGGAAACAUGGGAGAUAAAGGAUUUCCUGGAGAGUCUGGUGUAUCAGGAGGAAAAGGUACAACGGGAGCCAUGGGAGAUAUGGGUGUCCCAGGGCCACAUGGAUUACAUGGUGAUAGAGGUAAUCCUGGGCGUAAAGGAGAGAGUGGGCCACCAGGUCCACCUGGCCCCCCUGGUGCUAAAGGACUCCCACCAGUUCCUGUUAUGGUGCCAGGUGAGAGAGGACCCCCUGGUUCACUUGGUGAGCAAGGAAUACAAGGAGAGAGGGGGAAGCCUGGCAAUAUGGGACCCCCUGGAGAUCCAGGGAUUAUUGGACCAAAGGGGCACAAGGGAAUGCAAGGGCUGCCUGGAAUUCCUGGAACACCAGGUGUCCGUGGAAAUGUCGGACCAACAGGACACCAAGGCCUCCAGGGCCUAGAAGGAAGCCGUGGCCGCCCUGGUAUUCCUGGUCCCACUGGUAUGCCAGGACGCAGUGUAAGUGUUGGGUACCUCCUGGUGAAACACAGUCAGUCUGAUCAGACACCAAUGUGCCCUGUGGGAAUGUCCAAGCUGUGGGAGGGAUACAGCUUGCUUUACUUUGAAGGUCAGGAGAAAGCUCAUAAUCAGGACCUUGGUUUGGCAGGCUCUUGUCUCCCUCGAUUCAACACCAUGCCAUUCCUCUAUUGCAACCCUGGUGAUGUAUGUUACUAUGCUAGUCGCAAUGACAAGUCUUACUGGCUUUCCACAACUGCCCCUAUUCCCAUGAUGCCUGUUGAAGAGGCAGAUAUAAAGCCCUAUAUCAGCCGCUGUUCAGUAUGUGAGGCUCCAUCUGUGGCAAUAGCUGUGCACAGUCAAGAUAUAACUAUCCCACAUUGCCCUUUAGGCUGGAGAAGUUUAUGGAUUGGCUACUCUUUCCUGAUGCAUACAGCAGCUGGAGAUGAAGGAGGUGGCCAGUCUCUGGUGUCUCCAGGCUCAUGUCUAGAAGAUUUCCGCACCACCCCUUUCAUUGAGUGUAACGGAGCUAAGGGUACCUGUCACUACUUCUCUAACAAGCACAGUUUCUGGCUGACGUCCAUUGAUCAGUCAUUCCACAGUACACCAGAGUCUGAGACGCUUAAGGCUGGACAGCUCCUCUCACGCAUCAGUCGCUGUCAAGUCUGCAUGAAGAACCUGUGACUUGGAUGAACUUUGACUUGGGGGUGAAAUUUUAACAUUUUUGUGUGCAGUCCAGUAGAGAAUGACAUGGUAACCUGUUCCUACAGGUUAUAAAAUGUUCCUAGUAAUGAGUAAGUUCAUAAACCAAAUAUGUAUUUUUUAAAUAAAAACUAUAAAAAAUGAUAUACUGCAUACUUUUACACCAUGUUGGAUGACCCUCAGUUAUUCUUCAUUACUAUGUACCCCUCCCUAUAUGCCUAAGGACUGAAGAUAUGUAAAUGUGUUGAGAACAGGGGACAAAGAAGCAUCAAAAGCUUAGUAUUUUUAUCUUUAUUCAUGUUAUAUUUGAAAUGGUGCUUUUCUUAACUUAUUACCUCACUCAUCAGCGUGAUUUGUGUAAUUGAGAUUACCAAGUACAUCAUACAGCAGAACCAAAGACGCCCAUGUUAAUGCACUGCUUUACUUAUAUUCAUCUUUAUAUGACACUGCCUAUAGCUAUUAGAUACUUUUCAUUGAUUUAAACAACAGCCAAAUGCUUUACACUAUAAACUCUAUGUUUUAGUGCUGGAACAAUACAACCGUCUGAUUGUCACCUCAAUUAGUGUUGCUUUACAUACGCAUUUAAUCAUGAUUUUAUUAUCAGAUAAUUAACUCUGUUUUACUAACACUCUUCUCCAAAUGUAAAUUUUGUUCUGUGGGGAAUUAUUUGCACUUAAAUACAGUUUAGUGUUAUCAUUAUUCUACGCUUCCUCAGCAGCCUCUGAGCACAAGCACGCACCUCUUUACAGAAACAGAACAGAGAGCUGUUUCUCUGACAUGCAGAGCAGAACAUCUCGUCUUACUGAACGUGCUUUACGGAUUCCUUUGUUUCUAAUCUGUUAUACAGACUGCACUGAUUUUACAUAAUGAAAAUGUCCUAAAUAUAUAGAUUUCUUAUCUUGCACAGCAAAGACAAAUAAAAAGCUUGUUUAAUACUCCUUUUAAAAAACUGAUAUUUAAUGAUUGAUAGACCAAUUUCAGGCGAAUGACCCUAUUUGUACUUUGCUCAACCACACAUACCACAUGCCUUCUCAGUUUUAGCCUUUGACCAUAAACAAGUGAAAGAAGAUUAAACAAUUGGUUGUUGCAUUGAACGUUAACAUGUUAACAAUGUAUUUAUGUGGGAUAUAUUUGGACCAUGCUCUGAAUGAUUGUGACUGUUAGCAUUACUGAACAACAACAAAUAAAAUACUUCUGUUUGUU